UUAACUCUGUCAACAUAAACAAACUUGGUGGAAGAAAAUGCGUACUGCAUUUGCAUAUUAUUUUGUAAUUCUUUUAAUUUAAAACGAAACGUUUAAUUUAGAAAUUAAGUUAAAAUAAAAUGUUAACAAUAUGUGAUUUGAAUCUUGACUGUCUAGUUAAGAUAUUCUGCUACUGCAAUGCAUCUGACUUAGUGAAUUUGUGUCGUGCCAGUUCAUUUUUCAACUCUGUCAUAAACAAUCAUAUUUAUUUCGCCAAAACAUUGGAUCUUCUUCUCUGUGGACAUCGAGAUGAUCCUGCUAUUUGUGAAAGAACCUUCAAUAACCUUUCCUAUCGAAGUCGUCUUUCAAUUGGAACCAAUUGGAUCAAUGGACGCUACAAGGAGACAACUUACUUCAAUAGCAACCGAAUGUGUGCAGCUAAAAUCCACUUGGACAAAGAAAACUUGUACAUAACUCACCAAAGAUACCUAAGGAUUCAUAAGCGAUUGAGAGACGAGCCAUUAAGAAGACGCUGGAGUGAAGAGAUUUGCACAAGUGCCAAAGCAGAUAUUUCUGAUUUCGUGAAGAAGAAAGACACACUAUUUGCUGGUCGUGUCUAUGGCAGUGGCUUUAUCUAUGAAGAUGGAAUAACUACCGACGUGCGUCUUCAUGACGUCAAUGAGUACCUUUGGUGUGUUGAUUUUAGCAACAACUUGUUCCUCUCGAGCACCGACAAGUGCACAAAACUCUGGCAACGUGCUGAUCAAUUCGGUCUACUCUACCUAGACCUAGUCAAAGACUACCCUGAGUCAUACAAAACCAUGCAAUUCAUCCCAGAUGGGGAUAGGUUCUAUGGGGGCUUAUACACAGAUCAAGGACAGAGAGCACUGAGGGAAGUCGACAUCGAAACGGAAACUGUGCGCACUCUCAACUCAAAAACUUUUUCCAUCUAUGACCUCAAACUCAAAGACGACAAUGUUAUUUUUACCGCUAAUUUCGACACUACAUUCCGAAUGUAUGAUCGUCGAGUCGACGCUGAUGUCGGUAUAUGGGAGGACCAAUUUGGUUCUUCAAUCUAUUGUCUGGAAUACGAUGGUCUCUAUGCUGUUUUGUGUGGCGUCAAACAUCACUGCCGAGUGAAUCUGUACGACAUUCGAAUGCCUGAAAAAUGUGUUCAGAUUUACUUUCCAUCGGCGAGAAAUGGCCGAACAUCGCCUGUUUACAGUAUAGCAUGUGAUAGUCGGUAUUUAUUUGUGGCCACAGAUCGUAAUUUAAGAGUUCUUGAUUUCAAGGCGGAUUGGGCAGCCAAUCGGGACUAUCGGAAUCUAUUUAAAACCGUUAUAAGAGGCUGACAUCGUUGCUACAUUAUAGCUUUGUUGAUUGGUGUGUUUCCUGGCAUAGCAGACUCUUUAAACAAUUAACCAGAGAGUCUAGGAAUUUCAUACAAAAAGGACAAAAGGUGUUAGAAAACAUCUUUUUUAAUAGUUAUUUAUGCUAAUAGUAAGUUUAUGAAAAAAAAGGUAAAGAAUCCGUCUGGUCCGGAUUUUUAUAGGUUUAAGUAUGAAAAAAGAUGAAAUUUAAUAAAACACAAUUUGCGAAAAACUUA